AUGAAGUUCACGCCAUCUGCCUCCUGUUAUAGCGCCUCAUCCUCGUCCAUGACUACACCAGAUUUCUUCCCUGAAUGCGCGUGCAAACUUCAAGUGGAGAUGAAAACGUCGCGAACACAGCUCAAUCCUGGGCGAAGAUUCUUGAGAUGCUCCAACAAAGAGAAACAAUGUGGCUUCUUUGAGUUGGUAGAUCCUGAAGUAAAGCCUAAAAUUGAAGAUGACGAAGAUGAAAAAUUGAACUUCUGGAUUGGAGAAUGCUAUCGCCUAGGGAAAUAUGUGGAGGAAGAUAUGAAGCGAAUUAGAUUGUUGGAGAAUGAAGUCAGACUCCUCAGAAUGGAGAACGUCGAGAGCAGCAAGUGUUCGAUGAAAAAGAUGGUUGCAUGUGCUUGUGUUCUGGGUGUUGUUUGUUUGGUGAUUCAAGCUUUUGUUUCGUAG